UUCUGUUUGCGUGACACCUCGCAAUCGAACUGCCUAGCUCCGCCUGAGCCAAUGUUCCGCGGCGGCCGCUUGGGGGGCAUCCAGGGUGCGGUCAUCCCUCAGCGCUUUCCCACCUUUGAAGCUUCAGAAUCCUCUGCCAGCGGCUUCCGGAACAAGCGGUCUAAGAGCUCCUCAGUGCUUAACGCUGUGGCGAACUCCCCCAAGUGGAUCAAGUUGGAUGGCAUCCAUCAGAGGUAUGUGAAGCGCCCAGAGGCCAACAAGAGGGCCUGGAUCCUCUCCGCACGCGGCAGCCUGUUGAUUGGCUUAGCCAUUGGCCUGCAGUCCCUGCUGAUGGGCUUGGAGAUGGAGCUCGAGCUGCGCUCGCAGAGUCAAGAGCAGACCUGGUUGGCGGGCGGCGCGCUGAGGCAGCAAGGCGGCCUGGCAUUCUACAGCCUCCUGACCAUGGACGCUCUCCUUUUGGUCAUUUUCAGCGCGGAGUAUUUUCUGAAAGGCCGCGCGCUUGGGAUGGCGUACAUGUGCAGCCUUUUGGGAAUCUUAGAUAUGAUCCUUUUGCUGAGUGCUAGCGCCUACCUCACUCUUUCUGUGGCUGAAAUACACAUCAAUGGCGCGCUGCUCGGAUUGGUGCGUGCCGCCCGACUGUUGCGCAUUUUGCGACUUGUGCACUUGCUGCAGAUCCUCCCCGCGCUUGCACUGCUUGUGAAGGGUUUGGUUAGCACUAUGAUCACCAUCAUGGACGCCAUGAUACUGCUGUGCAUUUUGUCGUAUAUUGGCGCCUUGAUAUGCUCCGAGAUCCUUGGGAAUGACAACGAAGUCUUACGCGGAUUCUUCGGCUCGAUUUCGACCAGCUUCCUGACCCACAUCAAGCUAGUGUUGGUUGAGGGCUGGCCACAGAUCGCUGCGGCUAUGUUGGGGGACUCCAACAUGUGGGCCGCUUACCUCUUCGUUUUCAUCUGCCUCAGCAACUUUGCUUUGCUGAACCUGGUUACAGGGGUGGUUUGCGAGCGAGUCAUGGAGCUGGCCCGGCAGCUGCCGCCCCCAUCCGCGGUGGAGAAGGACUUUGAGUUCCAGAUGCUGCGGAGCCGCAUCUGCGAGCUUUACACAGCCCACCGGAAGCCGAAGCGGAACUGGCUGACGGAGGCGGAGACGGCCCGGCUCUUCCAGUCUGCUCUGGCCAGUGAGCUGAUGGACGACAUGAAGGUAGCUCUGCCCUCGCAGAGCAAGCAGCUGCGGAGUUUGCUGGAUGAAGACGGGGACGGGAAAGUGACCUGUGAAGAGCUCCAGGACAGUCUAAUGAAGAUGCGCUGCAGUCGGUUUGACCAGGUCUCCCGUGAGAUGCAGCGCUCAGUUCGCUUAACCGCAGGCUGCGCUUUGCAGCUCUUCGAGCAGACGGGGGCGGAGAUGGCGCAGAAAGUGCGCAGCGAGAUGCAGGCCGCUGGACAGAAGGUGGCGAAGCAUAUGGAGGUGGUGGACACGUGCCUGGUGCAACAGGUGGAAGAGGAGGCCUCGCGCUUGUGGAGGGCCAAGGUGAAACGCCAGCAACGGGACCUCAUGGAGGCGAGCUAUGCUAUGAGGAUGCUGAGCUACAGCGUUGCUGCCUUGCAACGAGAGUGCUCCGAUGCCUUUGUGCCCAGCAUGCCAGCCGUACGUGGGUGUGGUGGGCGUGGUGUGCAUGCUGGCAGCUUGAGGCAGGCAGCGACACAGACGUAAAAACGCAAGGGGCCGAAAAGGCUCCGGCAGAUCGACCUGCGAAGAGCCACCGAAUGGCGUGCUCUUUGCGAUUCAAACACUCUCUGGCG